CAACCACAUAACCACAGCAAAACAACCUCAAUUCCAAAGCCAGCUAGCUCACUUCCUCACUCGAACAACAACGCGAUAUGUCAGAAACAACUCCGAUCCCUUCUCGAAGCACAACGCCCCCAAUCGAGCCGCCCCUGGACACCGUCUCCAGCACAGAAAACGCUUUCCUUCGGCCCUCCCACCCGCUUGUCUCUGAUCUGGAACAGGAAGUCCUUGACGAGUAUGCUCGGUUACUUGGCAAUGUGAAUAAGCUCUCUGCCAAACUUGCCGAGCUCGCGGACUCCCCGACCACAAUCACACUCGACGGACUGAGACAAUUAGAGCGAAAGACGGCGACUGUAUAUACGCUGCUUAAGGCGAGUGUAUACAGUAUCCUGUUGCAGGAGCAGAUUGUCAACGAAGGGGAGUGGCAGCAGCAACAACAGCAGCAGGAUGAGGGGCAGGAGUAUGCUACGGGGACUAUGAAUGCGGGAGAGGAGGGGAUCUAUAUGGGGGAGGGGGACAUGAGCUAUCAGCAGUACUAA